ACAAGUGUAAAACACGCCUCCCGCGUCCUGACAGCUGGCUGUGUUUUCAUCGGCAGGAUAUCGCUUGACACGUCAGCUUUCAAAAUGGCUGAAGUAUGUUACAUUUAACCCUUCCGUUUGAGAACUUUUUAUUUUAGGAGAACAGUGCUGUAUUUGGCGCAGAUCAUGAGUCUGAGUCAGAGGAGUUAUCUGAAUGGUCGCUGGUGAGCUGUAGGCCCCUCAGUGAUGCCUCGGACCGUCGUGAGAUCCUGAGCCGACCAGAGCUCAGCUUCACACAGCUGAAGGAGGCUGGAGAUACUCCAGGAAGAGAGGUGAAUAAGUUACGGAAGUCUGAUCUCUGCAUGUACGAACGGGCAGGCCUUGACGCCAAGUGAGCAGUCUGGUGAGAAAGAGAGGGCAUCAUGCUUCCAUCAUCAAGAAGGGAUUUUGUAUCUCUGACUCUGAGCGAAAGCAGCAGCUACACAAACAGCAAGCAGUGGCGGCGGCAGUCAUGCUGGAGGAAAUGGAAACAGCUGUCCAGAUUGCAGCGCAGCUUGAUCCUGUUUAUACUGAUGUUGCUGCUGGUUUGUGGUAUAGCCACAUCUCCCACUCUCAUAGAACACUGGAGAGGUGGCACUGUAUGGGGGAACGGGGACGAUGCUAAACAGACAUUUGUUGUAGACCUGAAAAACGAGUACAGGUCCUUUCUUCCCGAGCUGCCCCCUGAGAAAAAGGGCAGGCGUGGACCACCCUCCUUGAAGAACCGUUUGCAAAGCAAAAUGAAUGUGUCGGGGCCGUUGGGAGAAGGAAACGUUGGACCAGACCUGAAGAAUGUAGAAAAAGGGUCUGAAGGAGGGAAUCCAGUCAUUAGUUGGCGUGGAGCUGUGAUAGAUGAGGAACAGGGGUCUGACACUGACACCAAGGGGAAAGAAAACCAAGAAGACCCAUCUUCAUUAGCACUUGCUGAGAGCAGGCUGGAGGUUGUGAGAGAAGCAUUUAGACAUGCCUGGAAGGGCUACAAGGAUUUUGCCUGGGGUCACGAUGAGCUCAAACCCAUCUCUAAAUCCUAUGGAGAGUGGUUUGGACUUGGGCUAACUCUAAUUGAUGCUCUGGACACUAUGUGGAUCUUGGGUCUAAAAGAGGAGUUUGCAGAGGCCAGGGAAUGGGUGGCCAAAGAACUCUCCUUCAAUAAAAACGUGGAUGUUAAUCUGUUCGAGAGCACCAUUCGUAUCCUGGGUGGCCUGCUGAGCACUUAUCAUCUGACUGGAGACUCUGUGUUCCUGGAUAAAGCUACUGAUAUUGGCUCCAGACUGAUGCCUGCCUUCAACACACCCUCUAAAAUCCCUUACUCUGAUGUGAACAUUGGGAAGGGAAUAGCUCAUCCUCCACGGUGGACCUCAGACAGCAGUGUAGCUGAGGUCACUAGCAUUCAGUUGGAGUUCAGAGAGCUCAGUCGACUCACUGGAGAUCCUAAAUACCAGGUGGCGGUGAUGGAGGUGAUGAAGCAGGUCCAUAAAUUGGAUGGGAAACAAGAUGGAUUAGUACCUAUGUUUAUCAAUACCAAUAAUGGGCAGUUCACCCACCAGGGCAUCUAUACGCUGGGGGCCAGGGCUGACAGCUACUAUGAGUACCUACUGAAGCAAUGGAUUCAGGGAGGCAAGAAGGAGAAAGAAUUGUUGGAGGACUAUCUGCAGGCUGUGGAAGGGGUGAAGAAGAACCUGCUGAAGAAGUCCUCUCCUCUAGGGCUCACAUUUGUAGGAGAGCUAUCCCAUGGACACUUCAGUCCCAAGAUGGACCACUUGGUGUGUUUCCUGCCUGGCACACUCGCACUUGGAACGCACCACGGUCUUCCUGCUGAUCACAUGGAGCUGGCACAACAGCUGAUGGAGACCUGCUACCAGAUGUACGCCCAGAUGGAGACAGGCCUGAGUCCAGAGAUAGCUCACUUCAACAUGCAUGAAGGCAGCACACAGGAUGUAGAUGUAAAGGUUGCAGACAGGCACAACCUGCUGAGGCCAGAGACAGUGGAGAGCCUUGUCUACUUGUACAGGUUUACCAAGGAUAAGAAGUACCGGCAGUGGGGCUGGGAGAUCUUGCAGAACUUCAAUAAAUACACAAGGGUUUCCACUGGAGGUUAUACAUCCAUAAACAAUGUUCGUGACCCAGCCUAUCCAAGUCCCAGAGACAAGAUGGAGAGCUUCUUCUUGGGUGAGACGCUCAAAUACUUCUAUCUGCUGUUUUCAGAUGACCCCCAUCUUAUCGACCUAGACAAAUAUGUCUUCAACACUGAGGCCCAUCCCCUACCUGUAUGGCCACAAAUGGAGUAAUGGACCCACAAGUGCACACACCUAAUCAAACACACCUCUCUCAGGGCCUUGAACACUCAAAGAUUACUCUUAUACUUUUGAUAUCUAAACUGCCAUCUUUUUUUUCUACACUAGGAACAAGCCUCUUUUCAUAAUUUAAAUGAUUGUAAGAGCCAUGACAAAAAUCAAUAUGCUAAUGAAAAUCUCAUUUUUGAAUAUAGAGCGAAUUAGCGGUCUGUAGAAUGUUUUAUUAAUAGAAUUUCUGACUUUUACUAUAUAUGUUUGUAAAGGGAGAGUUCAUCCUGAAAUGAAAGUUAUCAUAAUUUUCCUUAAUGCUGGUCCAGACCUGGAUGACUUUAUUUCGUGAAACAUAAAAGGAGAUGAAUGUUAACCUCAGUCACCAUUCACGUUCAUUGAAUGUUUUUUCCAUACAGUGGAAUGAAUGGUGACUAAGGCUAACAUCUUGACUAACAUCUCAUUUUUUGUUCCACAGAGUAAAGUAAGUCAUAUGGUAUUGAAACAAUAUGCGGGUGAGUAAUGGGCAGAAUUUUACUUUUAAGAAUCAUAAAACCAAUAUUUUCAGUGACUGAUAAACACAAAGCAUCAACUAUGUUGCUUGAAUCACAUUGUCUGAUUAUAAGGCACAGAUCUGCAGGUAAUGUGGUUAGUGUGCAGGGGUGAUCUCUGCAUGAGAAGUGCAAAUGAUGCUUUUGCUCAGCUAGGCUGCUGAAUUCACCCACUGAAUCAGUGUGUGCAGUUUGCAGUCUCUUAGCCCAAACACACAGACAAAAAAACACUUAAAUACUGUGAAACCUUAUGGGGACUGCAAGCACUUUAUGGUGUGUUUAGAAUUUUAAUUUGUAUGUAUUUUUUUAAUGAAAGAACUGUUGAUGUUUUGUCAUGAUGGUUGGGAGGGGCGUUUACAGGGUCAUCAUGUGGUUUUGCUUUGUAAUUUUUUUUCUUUGCAACAUUAUUCCCUCGAGUUUAACUUGUUUUCCAGAACAUUUGAUCAUGUACAAGAGCAUUUAGCACAUGUAGUUACCAGACAGCAUUUAGAAUUUACAAGUGUAUAUCAUUUUAACCAAAUCAGGGGAAGAGGAAAAGAUCUAUAUUCCUAAAUCAUAGAUGUUUUAUUAUUUUGACUUCCUCAUUUGUUUUGAGCCUAAAAUUUUAAAACCUGCUGUGAAGGAUUUUACUGUCAUUCCUGUGAAUAGAGAAAAUGUACAUUUUUGUCUCAAGUUGUUUGUGAGGGUUUCUAUUUCCUUUAUAUAUACAGUGGUGUGAAAGUGUUUGCCCCCUUCCUGAUUUCUUAUUUUUUUGCAUGUUUGUCACACUUAAAUGUUUCAGAUCAUCAAACAAGUUUAAAUAUUAGUCAAAGAUAACACAAGUAAACACAAAAUGCAGUUUUUAAAGUAAGGUUGUUAUUAUUAAGGGAAAACAAAAUCCAAACCUACAUGGCCCUGUGUGAAAAAGUGUUUGCCCCACCUGUUAAAACAUAAAUUAACUGUGGUUUAUCACACCUGAGUUCAAUUUCUCUAGCCACACCCAGGCCUGAUUACUGCCACACCUGUUCUCAAUCAAGAAAUCACUUAAAUAGGACCUGCCUGACAAAGUGAAGUAGACCAAAAGAUCUUCAAAAGCUAGACAUCAUGCCGAGAUCCAAAGAAAUUCAGGAACAAAUGAGAAAGAAAAUAAUUGAGAUCUAUCAGUCUGGAAAAGGUUAUAAAGCCAUUUCUAAAGCUUUGGGACUCCAGAGAACCACAGUGAGAGCCAUUAUCCACAAAUGGCAAAAACAUGGAACAGUAGUGAACCUUCCCAGGAGUGGCCGGCCGACCAAAAUUACCCCAAGAGCGCAGCGACGACUCAUCCAAGAGGUCACAAAAGACCCCACAACAACAUCCAAAGAACUGCAGGCCUCACUUGCCUCAGUUAAGGUCAGUGUUCAUGACUCCACCAUAAAAAAGAGACUGGGCAAAAAUGGCCUGCAUGGCAGAGUUCCAAGAUGAAAACCACUGCUGAGCAAAAAGAACAUUAAGGCUCGUCUCAAUUUUGCCAGAAAACAUCUUGAUGAUCCCCAAGACUUUUGGGAAAACACUCUGUGGACUGACGAGACAAAAGUUGAACUUUUUGGAAGGUGUGUGUCCCAUUACAUCUGGCGUAAAAGUAACACCGCAUUUCAGAAAAAGAACAUCAUACCAACAGUAAAAUAUGGUGGUGGUAGUGUGAUGGUCUGGGGCUGUUUUGCUGCUUCAGGACCUGGAAGACUUGCUGUGAUAAAUGGAACCAUGAAUUCUGCUGUCUACCAAAAAAUCCUGAAGGAGAAUGUCCGGCCAUUUGUUCGUGACCUCAAGCUGAAGCGAACUUGUGUUCUGCAGCAGGACAAUGAUCCAGAACGCACCAGCAAGUCCACCUCUGAAUGGCUGAAGAAAAACAAAAUGAAGACUUUGGAGUGGCCUAGUCAAAGUCCUGACCUGAAUCCUAUUGAGAUGCUGUGGCAUGACCUUAAAAAGGCAGUUCAUGCUCGAAAAACCCUCCAAUGUGGCUGAAUUACAACAAUUCUGCAAAGACGAGUGGGCCAAAAUUCCUCCACAGCGCUGUAAAAGACUCAUUGCAAGUUAUCGCAAACGCUUGAUUGCAGUUGUUGCUGCUAAGGGUGGCCCAACCAGUUAUUAGGUUUAGGGGGCAAUCACUUUUUCACACAGGGCCAUGUGGGUCUGGAUUUUGUUUUCCCUUAAUAAUAACAACCUUCAUUUAAAAACUGCAUUUUGUGUUUACUUGUGUUAUCUUUGACUAAUAUUUAAACUUGUUUGAUCUGAAACAUUUAAGUGUGACAAACAUGCAAAAAAAUAAGAAAGCAGGAAGGGGGCAAACACUUUUUCACACCACUGUGUGUGUGUGUGUAUGUAUGUGUGUGUGUGUGUGUGUGUGUAUAUAUAUAUAUAUAUAUAUAUAUAUAGCAAAUAUCUACAUUUGAUCUUAAGGUUUUCUAGUGGUUGCUUGUUUCAACCAGUAUUAUUAUCCCAGGUUUUUAUUUAGUUUGAUCCAAUGCUUUUUGAAUGUUUUUGUUUUGUGGCAGAACUUUAAAUACUUUAAUGGAGCAUUAAUCAAGCACAAUGCUAUUUAAAGAUCUAGAGUCGAUGUUAUGACUGAUGUUCUUAUCACACUCUUUCAGGGGAGCCUAUAUCAGAUGUGAUUGUCAGUAGUAUUUUCAUAUGAUCUUACUAUAUAUAUGAAAAACAGUUUCGUACAUGGAUUUUUUAUUAAUACUGCAGUUUUAUUUUUUAUUUGAAACGAGGUUUGGUGGAACUUGAUUCUACAAAUUUCUAAAUGUUUUCUCAUGGAAUUAAAGGAGGAAUGUUGAAGUUAUCGAUUCUUUUCUUAUCGUGGGUCUGAUCUUAAAUAAAGGCUUUGUUGUUCUAGAAUGUCUUAAGGUUACUGAUAGCAAGUGAAGCAACCAUUUUUGUUUGAAACAGUCAAAGAAUACGUAUUAUGUAUAUAGCUCACAGAUGUAGUAUAUGCAUUGUAUUUGACAAGCAGUUUGGAAGUUAGAUAUCACUGUGUUCAAUUUUUUGCUCAUUUUAGCCAACAAGUUUUGUGUAUGCAGUGUGUAUGUACUACAGCCUUCACUGAUGUUCAAAAAGGGCUGAGCAUUGACUGGUUUCUCUGUGUCAUGCUGUGGUGGUGUGUUCUGUUCCAUGUGUGCCUUUGAAUAUACAGAGCAAUGACGUGAAAUGUAUAUUUUCAAAAUUGAGAAUCGAGUUUUUAUCAAAAUUGACCUAUUUUAGUCAUUUCAUGCCUGUCGUGAAGAUAUUUGCUGUUUUGCUUUUUGUGAAUAAAUACUUUUGUGAUUAUUUAUAAUACAGUCGAAGGGUUAAAUUAACUUAUAUUUGUUCUCCAGUAUACCAUUUCCUGCUAUCUCUUCUCUGAUUCUGUGAGAAAUUGAAGACUGCAUUGAGCUUGCGUAUCUCAAAAGAUUUUAAAUGAAGGGCUUUACAUGACUCUCAGUUGUUGGGUAAAUCAUCUGCCUCAUGCACUGACAAAUCAACAUGAUUCUAAAUUACUCAAACACCAAGGAUGUGCCAAGAAUUUCAAGGAAUAGUCUGAAAUGGGAGCGACAAACCUAAGGCACAUAAUAUGUGUGGUACAGCUGUGCAUAUUAUUCUUAAUGAAGGAUUUUAGCACCCCAACUCAAUUUGAUAAUCUGUAUGUAUUGACAAUUUUUAUGGAAUGAACUUAAGUGUCUGUAUAUAGUGAUUUUUCUUUUCCUUUUUAUUCCUUUCAAUAAAUUCAUACUUCUUGGGAUCUUUUAAA